ACUGCGUACAACACAGCGAAGCGCAAAAUUUCAAAUUACAAAAGAGGUGAAGUAAAAAUAAAAGAAAAUAGGAAAAUCCUCCUCCUUAAAUUGAAACUUGAAAGUUGAAAAUCUAGGUGAAAACUGUCACGCCACCGGAACCACCGCCACCAGUCCACCAAACGCCGGUGAACGCAAUAGAAUCAGCUCCGUUAACACUGCAAGUGAAUCUCCGGCCACAUUCUUCGCAGCUUUAUAUCCAGUAUUGAUUAAUUGGAUGUUCAUUUGAGGGUGACUUCGAUCGACAGUAUGACCUUAUUGAGUAGAUUCUUUUACAAGAGGCCCCCAGAUGGCUUGCUUGAACUCUCUGAUAGAGUAUAUGUUUUUGACUCGUGUUUCUCAACAGAGGUAUUGCCUGAGGGGAUAUACCAGCUAUACCUGAAAGAAAUCAUCACCGAGUUACAUGAAGAGUUCCCUGAUUCGUCGUUUCUCGCUUUUAAUUUUCGGGAAGGUGAAAAGAGGAGCCAGUUUGCAGAGAUUUUGUGCGAUUAUGAUGUCACAGUUAUGGAUUAUCCGAGGCAAUACGAGGGGUGUCCCUUAUUGCCACUGUCUUUGAUUCACCAUUUCCUUCGUGUUAGUGAGAGUUGGCUUUCUCUUGGGAAUAGCCAGAAUGUAGUUUUGCUCCACUGCGAAAGAGGUGGUUGGCUGCUCCUCGCUUUUGUUUUAGCUAGUUUCUUGGUUUACAGGAAGUUGCACAGUGGCGAGAGAAAAACUCUUGAAAUGGUUUACAGAGAGGGUCCAAAAGGUUUGUUGCAGUUAUUGUCGCCGCUGAAUCCAUUCCCAUCUCAGCUCCGGUACCUUCAAUACAUAUCAAGAAGAAAUAUAUCCACGGAGUGGCCACCACCCGAACGAGCUCUUUCUUUGGACUGUCUUAUUUUUCGUGCCAUACCAAGAUUUGAUAAUCAAAAAGGCUGCAGGCCGAUUGUACGUAUUUUUGGUCGAAAUCUCCUUAGCAAGGAUGGAUUGUCGACCCAAAUGCUUUAUUCUAUGCAUAAGAAGGGUAGACAGGUUCGCCAUUAUCGUCAAAAGGACAGCGACGUAAUUAAAAUCGAUAUACAAUGUUUGGUGCAAGGGGAUGUUGUAUUGGAAUGUGUCCAUUUAGACUUGGAUCCAGAAAGGGAAGUGAUGAUGUUUCGUACAAUGUUUAAUACAGCUUUUAUUCGGUCCAAUAUUCUUAUGCUCAACUCUGAGAACUUGGAUACUAUUUGGGACUCAAAGGCAAGGUUUCCUAAAGGCUUUCGAGCUGAGGUGCUAUUUGGAGAUGUUGAGACCCAUUCUCCCCCCAAAGCCCCAACUGCAAUCUUAAAUGGGGAGGACCAUGGUGGACUUCCUAUUGAAGCUUUCUCUCGGGUACAAGAACUUUUUGCUGGUGUAGAUUGGGUUGAUUCCAGUGAUGAAGCCACUUUAUGGUUACUUAAGCAAUUAUCUGAGUUGAAUGAUGUCAAAGAUUUGUCCAUAUUGCGAAGCAGAAUGAGUGGUUAUUCAUCACCUUUUGAUUCUGAGGAAGAAAAUAAUGCAUCCAGUACCGCCGAUAGUCUUGAUUUUCCAGACUCUGAGAGGGCUCCAGAAGUUAGUUUUCUUGAUGAUCAUUCAUCCCCUGAUUGUACUUCAGAUGAAGCUUCUGAUCUCAAAAUGGGUGGGCAGUUUCAUUCUAGUGUUCUCUCUGAACCUUUAAAUGAAAUACAAUAUCCUAGCACAGAAACUUCAUCCAAUGUGCCCUCACCAGAUCAGCCUUCAGUACCUUCCUCCUCUGUUUCUGUUGCAACAAUCCCGGAAUUACCAUUACCACCAGCACCACCUCUGCUAGAUUCAAGCAAAUGUCCUCCACCAACACCCCCUCCACUUUUUUCUAGUAAAAUACAUUCUCAACUGCCUAUAAGUCCUGGGGAAGAAAUUCACCCACCUCAUAAUGGUUCAAGUAAAGGACAAUUGACACCAGCUCCUCCACCACCCCCACCUACUAUCAAUUCUAGUAAAGUACCUCUGCCGCCACCUCCUCCAAUUCCUUCUACUCCUAGUUCUACUAAACGACCUUCAUUACCUCCUCCUUUUCCCCCUCCGCACAUUAGUUCUAGUAAAGGACCUCUUCCACCCCCUCCUCCGCCUCCUCCCAAUACUAGUAAAGUACCACCUCCUCCUCCUCCACCACCUACUCUUGUUAGUACUAGUACUAGUACUAGUCCCACACAAUACGCACCCUCUCUUCAACAUUCUGAUUUUUCGGAAGGAACUUUGACACCUCCCCCUCCACCUCCUCCGUUACCCACCAAGAGUGAAAGCCCACUUACUUCUUCUCCUCUAGUCUCUUCCAAGAUCCCUAUGCCUCCCGCACCACCUCCACCACCAUUGCCACCACCCGCAUCAUUCAGCAAUGCUAACAGACCAGUACCACUUCCUCCUGGACGUCCUCUACAAGGUUCAACUCAUCCAAGUCCUCCGCAAGUGCAAGAACCUCCCAGUGCUCCUCCCCCACUUCCAGGUCGUGGAUCAACUCCACCUCCUCCUCCACCACCUCCAGUUCGUGGAUCAGCUCCACAUCCUCCUCCACCACCUCCAGGUCGUGUAUCAGCUCCACCUCCUCCACCACCACCUCCAGGUCGUGGAUCAGCUCCGCCGCCGCCGCCUCCACCACCACCUCCAGGUCGUGGAUUAGCUCCACCUCCUCCUCCACUUCCUCCAGGUCGUGGAUUAGCUCCACCUCCUCCUCCACUUCCUCCAGGUCGUGGACCAGCUCCAGCUCCACCACCACCGCCCUCAGGACGUAGCUCAGCACCAGCUCCGCCUCCACCACCUCCAGGUCGUGGGUCAGCACCAGCUCCACCUCCACCACCUUCAGGUAGGAAUGCAGCACCAGCUCCGCCUCCACCACCUCCAGGUCGCGGUUCAGCACCAACUCCACCUCCACCUCCACCACCUUCAGGUCGCAAUUCAACACCAGCUCCACCUUCACUAUCUGGUGGAAAGAGCUUCAAUGUACCACCACCACCACCUUCAUCUAUUGGAAGGGGAAGAGUUGUGUCAGGAUCAAGUCAUGGAAGAGGGCGAGGCUUCACUGGUUCUUCAAUACCACCUAAAAAAACAUCACUUAAGCCUUUACAUUGGGUGAAAGUAACACGUGCAGUGCAAGGGAGUUUGUGGGCUGAUUCUCAGAAACAGGAAAGUCAGUCGAGGGCACCUGAAAUUGAUAUAUCAGAGCUCGAGAGUCUGUUCUCGGUGGCAUCUGCAUCAGACAGUGCUAUGAAAGCUGGAGGCCAACGUGGUUCAAAAAUUAACAAACCAGAAAAAGUGCAAUUGGUUGAUUUGCGUAGAGCCUAUAAUUGCGAAAUUAUGCUCACAAAGGUUAAGAUUCCACUGCCAGAGUUGAUUAAUGCCAUACUGGCUUUGGAUUCUGCAGCCCUGGACAUUGAUCAAGUUGAGAAUCUUAUAAAAUUCUGUCCCACAAAAGAAGAAAUGGAGACCCUGAAGGUAGUUUUUUCAUCCCUUUCUUUUUGUGUUUAUGCGUGUGCGCGAAGUGUGAAUAGUUGUAGGUACAGUCUAGUCGUGUUUAUGAACUUGAUGUCAAACUUACAACUUUUGGGGUAUGAGCCUUUCUAGACUGCUUCUGUGCAU